CGAUUAACUCAGUGUGUACGCAAACAUUUAGCGGAUCGAUUGUGUUCCUUAUAAAUAGUUAGUGAUAAGCAUGUGGGACAAAAUGUUCAUGUUAUUUCUGAUGGGUUUGUUUUACCUUUUUUGGAAAGUAACACAAAAGGAGCACAGCAAACAAAAGUUUCAUAUAAAAUUUUUACUAUUUUACAUUUAUUCGUCCGCGUGCGCUUUCUUCGUUUGGCCAUUCUUUCUUUUCAAUCCGAAGAGUGUACAUAAUGCGAGGUUCGGUGCUUGGUUAAUCAAGCCCAUCACAAGGUUCUACGAGAUAGAAUGGGAUCUGCGCAAUGGCAAGGUCUUGGCCGAAGACAGGGGCGCCGUCAUAGUCGCCAACCACCAGUCUAGUUUAGACAUUUUAGGAAUGUUCAACAUUUGGCACGUGGCGUACAAAAUGACAGCGAUAGCCAAAAGCGAGGUUUUCUACGUGUGGCCCUUCGGGUUGUCGGCGUACCUUGCUGGGGUUGUGUUCAUUAACAGGUCCGACGCCAAAAACGCCUACAAGAAGUUGGAGAUCACGUCGAAAGUGAUGGUGAAUGAAAAGACGAAGAUCUGGGUGUUCCCUGAAGGCACCAGAAACAAGGACUACACCAAGCUGCUGCCUUUCAAGAGGGGCGCGUUUUCCAUGGCCGUGGCGGCGCAAGUGCCCAUCAUUCCCGUGGUCUUCUCCCCAUACUACUUCAUCAAUAAAAACAAGUACAUCUUCGAUAAAGGUCAAGUGGUAGUCCAGUGCCUGGAUCCAAUAAGCACCGAGGGUUUGACCAGCGAAGAUGUGCCAGAUCUCAUCAACCGAGUCCAUGAAAAGAUGUCAGCUGCUUACAGGGAAAUCGCCAAAGAAGUGAUAGACAAAUUGCCAGCCAAAUACCCUUUCACUUUAAAAGGAUAACUAAAAAUUAUGUUAAUUUUAAUUCUAGAUUAAUUUUAGUAUUAUUGGUUAGAUUUUUGAUCUCAUACAAAAAAAUCUAAUGGACGUAGAUUAUUCAAAAGUAGAUCUUUUUAUAUCUAAUUGAUCACAAAUUAUUAAACCACACUGUAGGUAAUGCAAUCAUGAUUAAAUAUGCUAACUUUGGAUCAAGUUGAAUAACUAUUCGUUAUGGUGAUAAUUCCGUCUGUGAAGACAGAUGAUUCUCUAUUUUAUUUUUAUUAUAUUGAUUUAAUUUAACCCUUUCAAUGAGGUUCAUUCGUUUCAGCCGAAUGACGUCCACAGCUGGACAAAGGCCCCCCAUGGAUUUCCACAACGGCCGGUCCUGCGCCGCCCGCAUCCAGGAACUUCCCGUGUUCAAUGUGGUUCAAAUCAGCGAAAAUAAUGCGAAAUCGCAUGUUUUGAAAAGAGGACAAAAAUACAAACACCAAAGAUAAUGUUAGUAGAGGCUUGAAAAACUUUUAUCUAUAACUCUAUCUUCUAUCUUAUCGUUACCUUGAAAUUGUAGUACUGUGACUGA